AGGUUUUCAUUGAGACGUUUGAUAAAUUGGUCUGCAUGGAGAGUGAAUGAUUAAUUCUCUCCGUCUAACAAAUUGCAAUUUUAUCCGUUAGUCUUUAUCUCAGAUUGCAUCGUCAUUUUUUUCGUCUUAUGCGAACAUGAAGGCACGAAAAGUGGAAGAAGAAGAGCUUAUCGGGGACGGUGAGCUGUCCCUUGGUGAGGAUGCUGAGGGCUCUGAUGUCGAGGAUGUGAAUUCCAGUGACUUUAGCGAUGUCGAGGUCGCAUUAUCUUCGGACGAUGAGGAGGGCGGCGAAGAAGAAGAAAGAGAAAGGAAUGCUAAGGACAACAAGGAAUCAGUGUCAACGCCAAAGACAGGCCGCGAAGAAGAGGCUCAUGGCCAGCAGCCAAAUACGAAAGAUGCCAGAAAGCAGACUUCAGCAUCAAAGGCGGCAGUGGUGAAGACAAAGACUGCCCGCAAAAUCAGUGAGAUCUCUACGGCAGCAUCAAGUGCAGGGUCCUCUCGUGGGUCUUCUGCGUCUGCAAAGACCGACAAAGCUAAUGCCGGGAAGCAAACAUCAGUGCCAGAAAAAGCGAUUGCCUCUGAGGAGACUGAUGUGGUUCCGAAUAGAGACGGCGCAAAAACAGCUUCCGUGAAGACAGCGGUUGAAGACUCGACCAAAACGAACGAGGAUGUCGAAAAAUCUGGCAACAAGAACGAAGAUUCUAAUGGUGAAUCAGAAGACGAGGAAGAAGGGUCCAGUGAAGAUGAAGAUGCAUCUUCCGUGCCUUCGGACGAGGACACGGAUCAGCUGGAAUAUGGCACCGACUCUGACGACAGUGACGACGAGGCAGAGAAAAAUCGUGUGGGAAACGUGCCUCUCAGCUGGUACGAGGACGAGGAGCACAUCGGUUACGAUCUCGCUGGUGAGAAAAUUGGGAAGACCAUCCAGAAAAGCGAAAUCGAUCAGUUGUUGAACAAAUUCGAUAAUCCGGAUGCUUGGCGAACGAUCACGGACGUGAAAAACCAAGAGGAAGUGGUUCUCACAGACAAAGAUCUGGAAGCAAUCAAGAGGAUCAUGCAACACAAGUACUUAUACUUAUAGACCGCUUGAUUUUGCUCAACUGUACGUACCUGCGCUAUUCGCCAUUCUUCUCGUCCUUGCUGUAGUUUCGCGUGGUGGAUAAAAGAGAACGAAAGAAUGGUGCAACCACAUUGGAGUUAUACCUUCUUGCAUGAACAAUCACGGGUAUCAAUGCUAAAUAAGUUUCAUUCUAACCACUGGCUUAAACUAAAAUUUCAGAACUCCUUUUGCGUCCACUGAUAUGGAGGAGAUGGUGGAGUACGCGAAUCCAGCAGAAGCUAUUCACCCGACUUCCAAUCGGCCCACUGGAAAGGCUAGAUUCUUGCCCUCAAAAUGGGAGGCCAUGAAAAUUAAGAAGAUCGUCCGGCUUAUGCGACUUGGUAAUAUUACUUACUUGUUGAAGAGCUGUAUCUGCUUGUUGAACAACCUUGAUGACCUCGUUCUUAUUUGAUGCAGAAAAUUUGACGCCGUUAGAAGUACUUGAUUAGAUGCGAAUUUUUCUGAGCAUUUCAGAACUUGUUCUAGUGCUGUGAUAACUCAAUCAUCUCGACUUCUCCUGGUUUUUUCACUUUUACUAAAUUUAGGUAAAAUCGGACAACCGCCACCGCCGAAGCCCCAGCUUUUUGAUAUUUGGAUGGAUGACGUUGCUGAAAGGAGAAAGGCGCCAACGGCACUUGUGGCCCCAAAACUAGCGUACUAUUUCUACAUUAUCAUGACUUUUGAUUUUUCCUGGGAGUGAUGACAGUCUUAUUCUAAUUAGUAGUAAAUUUCUAAUUCUCGUCUCUCACCAUUCCUAUCUCAGAUAUGAGUGUCAUUUUGAUGUUAUCGGGCACAAAUUUCAACAACUUCUACUCAUACUCACACACACGACAGCUUGCCAACACAUGCGGAGUCGUUUAAUCCUCCGGAAGAGUAUCUCUUUUCUGAGAAGGAGAAAAAGGAGUGGGAGGAACUGGACGAAAGUGAGCGACCCUUGAAUUUCAUUCCGCAGAAAUACGGACAGCUCCGCAAAGUCCCGGCAUAUUCAGUACUUUUUAUCAACAAAAUAUAAAUAGCUUGAACUUGUAAUCAGGUAUACUGUCGAUGGCUGUGAAGCUCUUCGUGAGACACUUUUUGAAGCUCUUAGUGACACACUUUUUGAAGCACUCAGUGAAGCACUUAGUGAGGCACUGAGUCAGGCACUUAGUGAAGCACUUAGUGAAGCACUUAGUGAAGUGCUUCGUGAAGCACUUUAGUGAAGCACUUUAGUGGAGCACUUUAGUGGAGCACUUUAGUGGAGCACUUUAGUAGAGCACUUUAGUGGGGCACUUUAGUGGAGCACUUUAGUAGAGAACUUAGCGUGGCACCUUGUGUGCCACUUUGCGUGGCACUGGCCGUGGCAAUUAGCGUGGCACCCCGCGUGGAACUUAUUUAUUACCCUAGAAGUACCGCUAUCCUUUCGCAUGUGCCGCAAGCACGACAGCUGCCACGCGAGCGUCUGGCACGACAAAAGCACAGGAGGGAGGCCCUGCGCCUGCUGUCCCCUCAUCUAGUCACGGUGCAACACCAUCGGCCUCCGAAAGUGGCCAGGACGAUGGGCCAGGAGGCUCGGGCCGCGCAGUAGGAACCCCUGAGACGAAGGCGGCCAGGAAGAGAGGGAGCCGCCCAGGAGUGCCGCGCGGACCUUAUUCCAAGCCAAAGCGCAUCGAGCCCCGCGUCCUCAAGGGCACGGGGCGCGGACCAAAGCCAGGAGUCCCGCGCGGGUUCUACCGUCCCAAGGACCCCGCAGCCAGCACGCACGACGCAGCCGGCAGCCAAGACGCAGCCAGCGCCUGAGAAAGAGCUCCCACAGCAUGCACGUUCCGCGGCCUCCACAGGCAGCAACUACCACACACCCGCGAGAAAGUCCUGCGGGCGCUUCUGGUGGCGUUUGGCUUCAAUCCUCGGCAGGUGGGUGACGAGCAAACUAGGGCGGGGUUAGGGUUACUGGUGACUGUCUUUCGUUCGUCUAUAGUUUUUCGCGAAUGUUUGGCGCACAAGAUUCCGCUGGCUUCGACGGAAGAAGUGGAGCAGCCUUACCUCCUGCGGGGUUUGUGGGCGCGGGCGUGUCGCGCGAAGAGGUGCCGCAAUUUCAAGCCACCACCUUCCGCGGGAGCGAGUCACUUAGCUGAAGACGUGCCGCAGACACCUGUGGCCUUCUUGGGUGUUGUUCCCCUUCUUAAUUUGCAACGCGUGGACAGCUUUGGCGACCCCGUGCAGAAGUCUGUCGCGGAGGUUGGCCUCCGUGGCGUAGGGAAGUUCAGGGAGUGCGGAUUGCGGCUUUCGUGUUGUGGUAUUACGUGCUCAUCCAAGCAGCCCGGGGCUUCGAAGUAGCUGAGGCCACAAGGAAAACACUUCGCAAGGACGCCGAUGCGUCUGACGCGGACCGGCCUAAGCCAUGUGAACAGGAACGGCAGGGAAGAGCAUGCGCCAAAAGAGGGGCAGGAACCCCAAGGGCAGACGCCAAACGCCUGGAAAGGCCUGGCGUGGGCUGGUGGGGGGGGUGGCUCCCCUCCUUUGCUGGCCUGAGUGGGUUACAUUGUUUAGAUUGUUUUGGGGUUGGUGGCUUCUUUGCAGGUCCUCUGGCUCGGGUUUAGCCAUUGUUUCCUCCUCUCCCCCCUUUCCUUUUUUCAUGACUACAUACCUUCUAUCUGGUCGUUGAAAUUCACGAUUCACUCCUCGUUCGAUCGUGCCUUUUUCUCGUUCUUGUUGGUUUAAGUACACAUGCCACAUGUGAAACCUUUGUAUUACUACUUACUAGUCUUCACUACUCUUCACUAAUCGUUCGUGCCUUAUUCACCAAGAAAAAACUACCAAAACUCUAGAAAGAUGAUUUUUUAUCGACAAACCUAUCCACCAUCUCAACAGAAUUUCAUCCUGGAACGAUUUAACCGGUGUUUGGAUUUGUAUUUGGUCCCACGUGCCUUGAAGAAGCGUAUGAACGUGGAGAAGGACAGUUUGCUACCGCAGCUACCCAGCGUCGCCGAUCUCCGACCGUUUCCUCGUGAAAUUUCAGUCCGUUUUGAGGGCCAUUGCGGUAUGACGACCGGUGGAUCUUCAUCCUCUCGACCUGGUGUGCCGGUGCGCAGUAUUAGCGUAGACUCCGUAGGCCACUACGUGGCAACCGGUGGUGAUGACGGACGCUGCUUCGUCUAUGAGGUCUCCACGGGACGUGCUGUGCGCUGCCUGAAGUUGGGACUCUACUGCCAGAGCGUAGCGUUUCAUCCCAGAGACCCCAAUUUGCUCGCCGUCGCGAGCGAGAGCGACCUGUAUUUCGUGAACUUGAACUUGCAUAAGUCCUGGAGCACUGCAUCCGAAGAAUUGUUGACUCUGCCCGAGGGCAGCCUAGGAGCCGGACGAGCGGCAGCGGAUGCCGAGGACGACGUUGAGGACUUGGCUAGUGAAGACGACGCUGAUGCAGAUAAGAAGAAAACUAAGGAUGCCUCAAAGGACGGCGAAGAGGAUAAGGGAAGCGACGAGGAGGAGGAGAAGACGAGACUGAAGAAAUCACUGUUGAAGGAAGUGGUGUGGCGACGCGUCGUUCCGGCAAAGACAGCCUCAGGAUCUUCAGGCUUCGAUAAAGACCAACAACAGGCGGAGGAAGACGAGGAGAAGCUGACGCGCUCAACCCUGCUUCACAAACGCGGCGUCCGCAUCCACGUCGAGCAUGAUGGCUGCAUCAAGCAAGUCCAGUGGCAUCAUAGUGGCAACUACCUUAGCGUCGUUGCGGUGAACUGCAGCGCGAAGGGGAAUCAGUGUAUGAUCCAUUCUCUGUCGCAAAAGAGUACCGUCAAGCCCUUUGGUCGCAUGAAGACAGGAAGUGGUAUCGCCAUCCAGCAGACAGCGUUCCAUCCAAACAAGCCCCUCUUCUUCGUAGCAACGCAAAUGAGCGUGCGAGUUUUCCACCUGCAGAAACAUCAGCUGGUACUGCAUACUACUACUACUAGAUUCAAGUUUUUUCUCAUUCGUACUUGUCUGUGACAUUCAACAUGCACUUGCUUAUCAUUGUACUACUUCCAUUUAGACAAAGGAUGAUACUACUACGUUUUCGUUUAACCCAACAGCUUUUCAAAUAAGUUUUCAAAUUCCAUCUUUCGAAAAAUAUUCACCAGGUAAAGCAACUGGUCACUGGUACCAAGUGGAUUUCUUCAUUGAGCGUGCAUCCUAGUGGCGACCACGUUAUCGUCGGCACGUUGGAUAGGAGAUUGUUCUGGUUCGACUUGGACUUGGGCACGAAACCCUAUAAAACUUUGAAGUACCACGACCGAGGUGUGCGACAGGUUGCUUUCUACCAGAAAAAGGCACCGCAUUGGUCCGGAAAUAGCCGGGUCGCUGCUGACGACGAGGAUAUUUCCGGUGACGAAGAUGGAGCUGAUAAGACUUCGAUUGUUGCGAAGCGAAGGAGCGGACGCGCAUCGAAGCCGUCUCAUUUCCCACUCAUGUGCACUGCCAGUGACGAUGGCACAGUUCACGUCUUCCACGCGCGGGUGUACACUGACUUCGUGACGAACCCGCUCAUUGUGCCCGUAAAGAAACUGUCGGGUCACGAGCAAGUGGGCAGCAGGAAAAUCGGCGUCCUGGACUGCGUCUGGCACCCGACGCAUCCUUGGCUCUUCACGGCAGGGGCAGAUGGACAAGCACUCAUGUGGGUUUAAAGUUAUUGUCUCGAUUUUCCUCUCUCAGUUUAAAGAAUUAUGACUGUUCUGCUAAAUAGAUUCAGACGAGACCGCGUAAAACACGUGUAAUUAAUAUGUCCACCCUUAACGUGCGAUUUGUAGCCUCCUGCUUCGUGUGCAAUGAUAAUAUCCGCAUCUCGAUAAUGAAAAAGACUCUGUCCCUUCGCAUGGCGCGCAUCGUAUGAUGCGUGGAGUGCGCGCGUUGUGUUUUGACAUCAAGGAAAU